AUGGAGAAUCAAGAAGACGAUGUACGAGGCGACGCCUCUGUGGGUGCCAAAAUGGAAUUUUCAAAAGAGGCAAAUGUGGCUCUCUCUCCUCUGGAGGCAGCCAGAUCGGAUCUUGCCGAUGCCCUUGUCCAAUUUCCCAUUCCGAGGUAUCAUGGCAGAGAGCGCACUCUGCAGGAAGAAUACAAUCAAAAGGAACGAGAGCACGCUCAAUGGUUGCUUGCCGUUUUGAAAGAACACCCGCAGCUGGCCAAGGAACCUUUCCCGUAUCGGUCUUGGACACGGGCCGACCAUGGCAUGUAUCCCUUGUGGCAUGCCGUCUUUGUCCAAGCCGAUUUGGAGAUUGUCCGUGCCAUUUACGAACUGUUCCCAGCAGCACUCUUGGAUCAUGGUGCCUAUGCCGACUGUUUUCCCUUUCCGUUUCACGAAGCGGCCGGUGAAAAUCGAGUGGAGGACGGACCCGUCUUAAAAUUUCUCCUGCAAAAGGCACCAUCGCUCUUGGUGCAACGGGAUUAUCAUUACAACAAAACACCACUCUCCAUUUACGUAUCUCAAUUGCGACUAUCGCGAUAUUCGGCUCAACGGGCAUCCAGCCGGUUGCCACACACAGUCCGCACCAUGCUAGAGAUGCACCCGCCGGUAUUGGGAAACAACAAAUUUGUCCUCGGCGAGCCCGAUACCAGUGCUCUGUUUCGAUGGAUCCUAAAGACCAAGGUGGAUGCCGAAACCAUGCAAUAUAUUUUGGGAUGUCCAUUGCUUCCCGCACGAACUGGACUUUUGGUGGCGUCGUCCAACAAGGUGUACAACUGUUGCUUGUCACUCGAUCAAAUUCAAGCCUUGGCGAUUCUCUUCCCCAAGUGGGAAAACAUUGGGUUUCACUGCAACAUCUCCUCCGAUGCCUUUUGCUAUCUCCUCGAAGCACUGGCAAAGCAGAAACACGACAAAACCCUCUAUUGCUCUCUCAUGCUACCUCGAUUACUGCCAUCAUCAUCACCAGACGACAAUAACGACAACAACCCAACGCAGAGAUUUGCCAAACCACUGCAAGAACUACUCGGGGCUCGUUCCUCAGUGUUUAAACGGCUCAAAUUCCGACGAAAUUGCGACGCGACCAGGCGAGAAAUGGACAAUGCCUGGUUUGACAUGAUGAUGAUGACAAACCGAAACGACAACAACAACCAACGUUUGGAUGAAUUGGUGCUGCAACAGUUAAAAUUGAAAGGACGCGAAAGUCUGGUCCAAUUCUUGUUCUCGACCAACGCACCGGCCCGACUCAUCCUGGAGAAUCUGGAAAUUGCGGCACCCCGCAAAUCAUCAUCGCUACAAGUCCAUUGGACGCGCCCCGACACAUGUCGCUUGACAACAUUAAAGAUUCAACUGCGACAGGGCUCUUGCUUACAAACCUUUGAUGGCAUGAUGGAAGAAGUGGCAUCGCUGCCCUCUUUGGUACUCUCCAAUGCCAUUGCGACGAGCCAAGUGGAGACGUUUCACGUGGCCGGUACGAAACUGUAUGGGUCUUGGGGCGCCACCACCAGUGGCACGGGGAGCCUUUGCAACCUGGUGGUGUUUGCACAAAAGGAACCGCUCGAAUGGUGGGAGGGGUUGCUACGGAUGAUUCCAUCCAUCCCAUCCCUCUCCAGUGUUUGGGUGCGACAACAUUCUGGAGUGAGUGGAGUUGCAGUUUCGGGAAGUGUCACCGAGGCGGUCCGCGGCGUGAUUGCCAACAAUGGGGGGCUCGAGUCUUUGCAGAUCAGUGGCUUGCAAGUGGACCUUCCCGAUCUCUGCGAUGCAUUGGCUGCAAAUACACGGCUCAAAAGCCUCCAAAUUCCAAAGAGCGUGCAUACGGAAAAGGUCAUUGCCUGUCUAAUCCAAGUAUUGGAGCACAACAAUCGCACGUUGGAAAAAGUGGGCAUGAAAGCCGGAGCCUUGCUCCAUCGGAAGGGUUCGGAUCAGCUGCUAUAUCUACUUGAUUUGAAUGCAUUUGGGAGAGCCAAGGCCACAGACCCUGCUACAACUCGCACGGAAUUCAUUGAGAUGCUCUGUUCCCUUCUUUCGAAUAAAAAAGUGCCCUCGAGUUGCCACUGCCGAAAGUACCCCAAGAUCCACAUUGUGUAUGGCCUGCUGAGGGCGGUCCCUAGUUUAUGGAGUGAAUCAUGA